AUGAAAAUACUCUUUGUUUUUGCACACCCAGAUAAGAGAUCUUUUAAUUAUUCUUUAUUGAAUGCUGCUGUAAAACGUUUGGAAGAAAAUGGACACAUUGUAAAAGUUAGUGAUUUAUAUCGUAUGAAAUGGAAGGGUAUUGUUGAUGAAGAUGAUUUUUUGAAUCAUGAGAAGGGUGCUAGAUUAAAAGUGGUUUUAAGUUCUACAAUAGCUUACGAAGAACAUCAAUUAACAGAAGAUGUUUUAACAGAACAAGGAAAAUUGAAUUGGGCUGAUAUUGUUAUUUUCCAAUUCCCAUUAUGGUGGUUUACUAUGCCGGCGAUCAUGAAAGGUUGGUUUGAUAGGGUAUUUACAAGCGGAUAUGCCUAUAACAUUGGUGAACAUAAUAAAAAUAGAUCUGGUGAUAGAUAUGGUGAGGGUAUGAUGGCUGGUAAACGUGCAUUUUGUAUAAUCACCGCAGGAGGUAGGGAACAACAUUUUUCCAAAAGAGGUAUCAAUGGUGACAUUAACGAUAUAAUCUUUCCGAUUAAUCAUGGGAUGUUAUUCUAUCCUGGUUUUACUGUCUUGCCACCUGUUGUUAUAUUUAGGGUAGAUUCGAAAAGCACAGAAAUAUAUGAUCAAGCUGAGAAGGAUAUUUUGGAACGUAUGGACAAUAUUGCCAAUAUUGAACCGAUUAACUACAGGAAACAAAAUUACGGUGAUUAUAAGAUUCCAGAAUUAACACUGAAAGAUGGAAUUGAACAACCUCUUCGCACUCAUUUUGAUAUUCAUAUUAAUAGAGAUUAA